AUGACUAAUGGACUCUCAAACCCUCGAAAUCAUGCUUCUAGCUCGAGUGCAUCUACUAAAGCUGAAAAACGAAAAGAGUAUCAAAAAAGAUACUAUGCUGCACGCAAAGAAAAUAACAAAGUAUCUAAAUUUGGGAGUGGUGAUGCCCCCCAAAGUGCUUCAUCAAUAUCUUUAAUGAAUAAUAGGUCAAGAGAAAGGACACCGUUAAGAAGUUUACAAACUAAUAUUACUCAAUUUCUACAAACAACAAAUGAGAACGCCUCAAGUGUUUCUACUACAAAAUGCAAGGAGUACAAUGAAGGAUGUUCUAAUACACCAAACGAUAAUGGAAUGCGUAUUUCAAAUGGCAGUCAAGUCAACCAAACCCCGAUAGAUGAUGUAAUUGACGUAGUCAGGCAUAGAACAUCACGAGGUAUUCAAAUUCAUCCGCGUACUUUAUUACCCCAAUUUGCUGAAGUAGUUGAUCAACCUUCACUCCAACAUGGGAGCGUAGAAGAUGAUCCUUAUAAUUUUGUUUACAAUGGUGUACCUGGAGAGCAUCGUGUUUUAAAGGAACGAGGCGCAUGUCCUAAUUGUGGAGCAAAACGAUUUCAAUUUGAAUUUGAUACCUUUUGUUGUAUGAGUGGGAAAACCGUGUUAGCAAACUUAGAAAUUCCAGAGGAAUUGUACCGACUUUUCACGUCUCAAGAUGAAAUUGGAGAUUUGUUUAGGCAAAACAUCCGUGCUUAUAACACCAAUUUUUCUUUUGCCUCAAUGGGUGUGACAUUGGAUGAUACAUUGAACAAUAUGAGAGACGGCGUAUAUACUUUUCGUGCACAUAAAGGAAUAUAUCACAGAAUCGACCAAUUAGUUCCGAGGGAUGGGACUCCUAGGUACUUGCAGUUGUAUUUUUACGAUCCUGAUACUGAGUUAGAUCACAGACUCCGAUGGCCAAAUCUUGAUCGGCGUAUUACUCAGAUUUUAACACGCGUUCUUUCUACAAACCCAUAUGUCGAUACAUUUAGAAGACUUGCGGAACUAGGACCUCUGGACAACUAUAGAGUCACUUUGAAUACUUCGGUUGAACUUGACCAAAGGGUGUACAACCGACCAACGACAUCGGAGGUUGCUGGUAUUUGGGUUGAAGGUAAUGACAAUAUCACUUCGUAUAAACGAAGUAUUGUAGUGUACGGUAGGUCUGAAUAUAGACAAACUAUUCAGCCGUACUUCAGUUGUUACGAUCCAUUGUCGUAUCCUUUAUUUUUUCCUAAUGGUGAGUCGGGUUGGCAUGCUAACAUACCACGUCAAGGAGUAUCAAUCAAUGAGGUUCGCAAAAAUGACAACAUCGAAGGAGAAAUGGAAGAGGCUAACACACGAAGUGGUAGAACAACCGUGGCUAUGCGAGAGUACUACUGUUACAAGUUCCAGAUUCGAUCUACCGAUAAUGUGCUUUUGUUCGGUGGUAGGCUGCUACAGCAGUUUGUGGUUGAUGUUUACAUCAAAAUUGAGACGUCACGCUUAGAAUUUUGUGAGAGAAACCAGGAAAAAAUUCGAGCCGAAUUGUACCAAGGUAUUGUGGAUUGCGUCAAUACUGGCGAGGUUCAUGCAAACAGAGUCGGGAAAAGAAUUGUGUUGCCUGCAUCUUUCAUCGGGGGGCCUCGCGACAUGCGACGUCGGUUUCUAGAUGCGAUGACGUUAGUUCAAGACGACGGCAAGCCUGAUGUAUUCCUUACAAUGACAUGUAAUCCUAAGUGGCCUGAGAUAUGUGAUAACUUACAUGUUGGUCAAACUGCUACAGAUCGUCCAGACCUUGUUUCAAGAGUGUUCCGGGCUAAACUAGAAGAUCUUAAGGAUCAACUCUUCAAGAAACAUGUCCUCGGGGAAGUUAAGUCAUACGUCUAUGUCAUUGAAUUUCAAAAGCGGGGUUUGCCGCACGCACAUUUUCUCCUAAUCAUGUACCCGCAACACAAGAUCAAUAACGCGGACCAUUAUGAUAAGGUUGUGUGUGCUGAAAUUCCUAACAAACUAACACAUCCCAGAUUGCAUGAGAUGGUUGUCAAGCACAUGAUUCACGGUCCUUGCGGCAAUUUACGAUCAAGCAGUCCUUGUAUGCAGGGUGAUCCUAAAAUUUGUCGUUUUCACUAUCCUAGACAAUUUAACGAACAGACGACACAAGGAGAAGAUUCGUAUCCGUUGUAUCGAAGGAGAGACACCGGGAUAGAAGUGGACCUACGAGGACAAACACUUGAUAAUAGAUGGGUGGUCCCAUAUAACCCAAGGCUUUUGAUGAUGUUUAACUGCCACAUGAAUGUUGAAGUUUGCUCAAGUAUAAAAUCUGUGAAAUAUCUUUUCAAAUAUGUUUAUAAAGGACAUGACAAACAGGUUAUUCAAGUCGAUCAAAGUGAGCCAGGGGUUGUUAUUAAUGAGAUAAAAAGAUUUCAAGAUGCAUGCUACAUAUCGCCCCCAGAGGCUAUGUGGCGAAUUUUUUCCUUCUCUCUUUCUCAAAUCUUUCCUGCUGUUCUAGCCUUACAACUUCAUCUCCCAAAUAAUCAGAUGGUUAGAUUUAGAGAUGAUGACUUGAUGCCUAAUAUUGUUGAUAGGGAAAGGGAUAAGAGAACCAUGCUAACAGCAUUUUUUGAUCAGAAUAGAAACGAUGAAACAGCAAGGGUACAUUUGUAUAAAGAUUUUCCAAAACACUAUACUUGGAAUGGAAGCACACGCCGUUGGAGUCGUCGUUUCGGUAAAAAACAAAGAGGUCGUAUCGUUUCCGCUAAUCCAGCCGAAGGAGAAAGGUACUACUUACGCCUACUUUUGUCAAAUGUCAGAGGGCCUACUUCUUUCGAACAUCUUUGCACAGUUAAUGGUCAACGGUGUGCGACAUUUCGGAAAGCAGCUCUUGAGUUAGGCUUAAUAGAAGACGAUGAAUAUCUAUCACAAUGUCUCGAAGAAGCCUCUACGUUUCAGUUUCCCAAUGCUCUUAGAAGGAUUGUUCGGGAAAGUCCGAAGUGUCACAAUGUUAACUUACAAGAUGCAGGUUAUCGUGAGUUACAAGAAGAGUAUGGGAUUGUUUUGGAACCUGAACACUUGAGUGCCAAACAUUCACUUAAUCCGGACCAAAAAAAUGUGUUUGAUGAGAUCAUGAUGCAUGUUGAUAAUGAUCUUCCAGGCGUGUUCUUUAUUGAUGGUCCAGGUGGAACUGGAAAAACAUUUUUGUACAUUGCCUUGCUUGCUGAAAUUCGGUCACGUGGUCUUAUUGCUCUCGCAACAGCUUCAUCAGGUGCAGCGGCUAAUAAUAUGCCAGGAGGUAGAACGGCUCACUCGAGAUUCAAGAUUCCUCUUAAUCUUGAAAAUAAUUCAAUGUGCAAUAUUAAAAAACAGAGUGGGGCCGCUAAACUGAUUCGCUCUGCCAAAAUAAUCAUAUGGGAUGAAGCGUCGAUGGCUAAACGACAAGCGAUAGAGACAGUCGAUCGUACAUUCCAAGACAUUAUAGGUGUUAGUCUCCCAUUUGGUGGAAAGAUAAUGGUUAUGGGAGGUGACUUCAGACAGGUGUUGCCGGUUAUCAAACGUGGCACUCGAGCACAGAUUGUAGACUCCAGCGUACGAAUGUCACCUCUUUGGUCUUUGACUAAGAAGAUGCGGUUGACCAUAAAUAUGAGAGCGCUGAAAGAUCCAUGGUUUUCUAAAUUUCUUUUAAGAGUCGGCGAUGGAACUGAAGAACCAAUCGAAGGAAACUAUAUCCGCAUACCCGAUGACAUGACAAUUCAGUGCAACAACAGAGAAAACGCUAUAAAAGAAUUGAUCCAUGCCAUCUUUCCAUCAAUUGAAGAUAAUGUAUAUUCUUCAGAUUAUAUAAUCUCUAGAGCAAUAUUGUCCACUAAAAAUGAUAGUGUUGACGAGAUUAAUAAUCAAAUGAUUGAAAUUUUUCAAGGGGAGGAAAAAGUUUAUUACAGUUUUGAUGAAGCUGAAGACGAUCAGCGCAACUUCUAUCCGGUCGAGUUCUUAAAUUCGCUAAAUGUUAGUGGUUUGCCGCCUCAUAAGCUUCAUUUAAAAAUUGGAUGCCCAAUAAUAUUGUUACGUAAUAUCGAUCCAUCACAUGGCCUGUGUAAUGGCACGCGGUUGAUAUGUAAGGGUUUCAUGCGAAAUGUUAUUGAUGCGGAAAUUGCAGUCGGUCAACAUGCCGGAAAAAGAGUUUUUUUGCCAAGAAUCCCUCUAACCCUUUCUGAAGAUGACAUGUUCCCAUUUAAGCUGAAAAGAAAACAAUUUCCAAUUCGACUUAGCUUUUCCAUGACGAUUAAUAAAGCUCAAGGUCAAACAAUUCCGAACGUUGGUAUUUAUCUACCGGAUUCUGUAUUUUCACAUGGACAACUUUAUGUCGCGUUAUCAAGAGGGAUUUCAAGACAAAGUACGAAGGUGUUGGUACAUCUCGCCAAAGAAUUCAAACAACGCGGAGUUUACACAUCAAAUGUUGUCUACCAGGAAGUGUUGCGUGAUUAA